UCGGUCAGUUACGCGAGUACCAGCGAGCGUUCCGCGUGUCUCCCGUUUCCCUCUCGCAAGUGUCGCGAUAAGCGCCUCGCAUCUAUCGGAACCGCGAACGAACGCGCGAUUCGCAUUUGCUCGGCUCGUGUUCAGUGCGAAAUUCAGUGCAACAUCGAAACCAAAGGAUACCGAACUAGGAGUAAUGUUCCCGACGACGGCUAGCAUGCUCAGCCACUGAGCCGCUACUUUUUUCUCGAGAAGAUUGCAGCGCCUGACAGCGCGGCGGGGCGGCCCCAAUGCCGGUCAGGAAGGGCCUCCUCGCCCCACAAAAUACGUUCUUAGAUACGAUCGCGACCCGCUUCGAUGGAACCCACAGCAACUUUGUGCUGGGAAAUGCGCAGGUUCCGGCUCUCUACCCGAUCGUUUAUUGCUCCGACGGAUUCUGCGAGCUGACAGGAUUCGCGCGAGCGCAGAUCAUGCAGAAAGGUUGCGCUUGCAAAUUCCUUUAUGGCCCGGAAACGAAGGAAGAAAAAAGGGCGAUGAUCGAGAAGAGCCUCGAGAGCAAGACGGAGCUGAAGACCGACGUCGUGUUUUACAAGAAGAACGGAACUACAUUCGAUUGCUUGGUCGACAUUGUCCCGAUCAAAAACGAAAAGGGCGACGUCGUACUGUUUCUGGCCUCGCACAAAGAUAACACCGACAGGAAGAACCAUCAGUCGAGUGAGAGUGAGUUGCUCGAUAGUGAUGCAAAUGGCGGUCUCGAUCCAGAGGCACCGCCGGCUAAUUACGGCCGGAGAAGGAGUCGCGCCAUACUCUAUCAACUGUCGGGCCAUUAUAAGCAGGACAAUAAGCACAAACAUAAGUUGAACAGUAAUCUCCUGAACCCUACCGACGCACCGCUGCCGGAAUACAAAACGACGGUCAUUAAAAAAUCUCAAUUCAUCUUGAGUCACUACGGCGGGUUCAAGUCUUGCUGGGAUUGGCUGAUACUACUCGCGACCUUUUACGUGGCCAUAGUGGUCCCGUUUAACGCUAGUUUCAUUAACACCGAUAGGCCUACGAUGGUCAGCGAUGUCGUCGUCGAGGCCCUCUUCAUAAUCGAUAUCGUUCUGAACUUUCGUACGACGUACGUAAGCAGGAAGGGAGAAGUGGUCAGCAACAGUAAAAGUAUAGCGGUCAACUAUGUGAAGGGUUGGUUUAUCGUCGAUCUAGUCGCAGCUUUACCCUUUGAUUUCCUUUACGCCUCGGACGUGUACAGUGGCGAGGAAUCGGGACAUGGUAACAUACAUUUAGUAAAGUUAACAAGAUUGCUAAGGCUUGCGCGGUUGCUUCAAAAGAUGGAUAGAUAUUCGCAAUAUAGCGCCGUAAUUUUGACAAUGUUAAUGCUCCUUUUUAUCCUGUUGGCACAUUGGAUGGCCUGCGUUUGGUUCGUAAUCGCGGAAAAAGAAAGACUGAAAAACGACAGUGACUGGGAUCUCGGUUGGAUUCACACGCUCGCUGAGAGGCUAAAGAUUUCCGUGCAAAAUGUAACUCACGCGGAAAGUUACAUCACAGCAUUAUAUUUCACUUGUAGCAGCUUAACGUCGGUGGGAUUUGGCAACGUGUCGGCGAACACGUUCUCCGAAAAGUUAUUCUCCAUUUGCGCGAUGCUUGUUGGCGCUCUGAUGCAUGCUGUGGUGUUCGGUAACGUGACGGCGAUCAUUCAAAGAAUUUACUCUAGGAGAUCGCUGUAUCAGACAAAAUUGCGGGAUCUCAAGGAUUUUUUCAUAUUGCAUCAGAUCCCCGAAGAACUGAAACAGCGAAUGCAAGACUAUUUCCAGACCAUGUGGUCCCUGAACCAUGGUAUCGAUGUACACGAGACCCUCGAACAAUUCCCUGAGGAACUCAGAGGAGACGUUUCGAUGCAUUUGCAUCGCGAGAUUUUGAAUUUACCGAUAUUCGAGACCGCCUCGCAGGGCUGUCUGAAACUGCUCUCCCUGCGUAUUAGGAAUAACUUCUGCGCUCCCGGCGAAUAUCUGGUCCACAAAGGGGACGCGCUCUCUUAUAUUUAUUAUUUGUGCAACGGCUCCAUGGAAGUCGUGCAGAACGACAUGGUCGUUGCGAUUUUAGGAAAAGGUGACUUGGUGGGUUGCGACAUAAACGUGCAUCUGCAUCACGGUAGUAACGGGGGUGGAACAGGUGGUUCCGGUUCCGCGGACGUUGUGGUCAAAUCGAGCUGCGACGUGAAAGCGCUAACUUAUUGCGAUCUAAAAUGCAUACACAUGCAGGGCUUGGUCGAAGUUUUGCGUCUGUACCCGGAGUAUCAGCACGAAUUUGCGCACGACAUACAGCACGACCUUACGUACAACAUACGGGAGGGAUACGAGGCUGAGCAAGAAUCGGAUAUGAACGGACCCUCUCUGACCCUACCAUCGAUCAGCGAGGACGAUGAGAACGUACCCGACGAAGGGGAAACUUCGCCCUUAUCACCGCCGAACAAAUCACCCUUACAUACAUCUUCGAGUCCACGGCACGCCAAGUUUAGAGAAGAGUAUCGCGACGGAAGGAGACCAGGCAGAGGUGUCCUGGCGAGAAGCAGAGCGGCUCAGGUGAUCGCCCAAGAAUCGAUGGAAGAACAUAUCAGAGGGUCGGUGGAGAGACUCGAUUCGCAGGUUUCCACUUUGCAUCAGGAUGUGGUUACUUUAAGUUCCGAGGUGAAGAACGCGAUCCAAGCCCUACAAAAUCUAGCGUACUCGCCGCAGAGCAAUCCCAACUUGCCGAUGCCCGCGGCUCGCGGGAGCGGAGUUUUAGCGAGAAGCUCGUCCCAUCCGCCGGAUGCCGUGUGUUGGAACCCCUCCGUUACGUGGAUGAGCGACGGAUCAACGCAAACCGCCGACUGGCCUGCAGAACUCUUCGAAUCCUGGGUGAGGACGAAUCCCCAACGAGUUCUGAGGAUUCUCGAGCUCGAUCCAGACGUUCUUUCGAGACCGCCACCCUCGCCUACACCCUCGCCGUCCUCACCGCCGCCGCCACCGUACGAACCCCUAUCGCCUGUUGCUGGCACACCGCCACAUUCGCCGACACCGUCGCAAGGAAACGAAAAUUACGUUUUCGGCAACGGUCACGGAACUCGACACAUUCCUCCCCGUUCAUAUAGACGAACGAAUUCCACGUGGGAUCCGGAGAACAAAUCGCACAGAUUUAGCGCCGGCGACGCCGAGAACGUGUCCUUCUAUCAAGGGAUGAAUACCGUACGCGGUCUACCGGAAUCGCGAUCGUUAAAGUUCGAUCCGUUCGACAAAUGAACACAUUCGGCAAACAUAUCAGAGGAUCGCGAAGCGAGGGGCACGCGUGGCUUUACCGCACGGACACCGAAAUAGAAACGCGAGAUACAUGCACAGCGAACGGCCAUUGAAGCAGCAACGAGACGCGAAAUCAGCUAACCGACGCGUUUUAUCAGGCGUGUACUAAUACGUAGUUCGACGUCGUGGAAUCUCUAAGGUCUACCAAUUUUCUACGAAACAGAGGCAGCCAUAUUCUCAUUCGUUCGAUGGUCGCAGGCGAGGGCGUGGUCAAAAUUACUCCCUCGUUAACAUUGUUUAAUCGCGAUGCGCGAGUCGCCGCGACAGAGACUCUCUCCUCGUAUAAUACUAAUCCCUUAUUUUACGAAACGUUCGUACAAACUGUAAUGAUUUCGAUGAAAAAAAACGAGAAUGCCUUUGCUCCUUCGAUACGUUCGAACUUAUACAUUCGAUACCUUGCUGUCUGAUCCGAAUAAUCUCUAUACUCAGGCACGUGUACAAUCAAGAAUUCGAAUUUAGAACGCGACAAGCUGUUCGCGCGACUUUUUUCACGACUAACUGAUUUUACCUAACCGACGAUCGACGUUACGGUCGUUUUUAUAUGGAACCCGUUUUUUAUCACCGACCCGUUCCGAUGUGAAUAAAUACUUGGAAUUCGAAUAUCGAUGUAAAUACGCAUUGGGAACCUAUUUUUCUUCGGAAGAACUUCGCUUGUAUCAUUCCAUGUAUGUACGUGUUGCUGUGAUUAAUUAAAUCUAGUUAGCGAGACGAUUCCGUUCGAGUUAUAUCGCGACGUGUUAUCCAAACCGGUGUAUACUUAAUCGUCUUCUUUUGCGGCGAAUUUGCUGUACGCGGAUCAGCGAAAUGCGUUCGAGAAGAUUCGCACCGUUCUCGGGGGUUAACGGACGAACAGAUGAGAAGGGGAUGGCAAGAAGAUGGGGGCGGAGGGGGGAAAAAACGUGAAACGUUUCAUAUCACAGUCCUCUCUGAAACGGGAAGACUUUAAAAAAAUGGUACCGAAGGAAGGGAACUUUAAACUUUAGCGUAGCAAUAAUAUGCACACGAGAUUUCGAUGCAUCCACCGACGUCCAAAUUAAAAUACAUAUGUAAUAGUUACUGUAAAGUAGCCGUAAAGUUUUCUUCGAACGUGUACUUGUUGCAUUCAAAACCGUUGAUUUCAAGGUAGAUAAUACAAUACUGUCGUAUGUAUAGGGAGAUUGACCGAUCAAUUCGAAAUUAAUGUAUGAUAGUACGAUGUAACCGCGCGAGUGUAUAUCCCACUGUAAGUAAUUCUUGAACGGAUUUCAUGUAAAUAGUAUACAUACGUCGCUAUCGGAAAUAUGUGAUAAGGCACGGCUUUGGCCAUGCACGACAAUUGUAUUUGUUCAUCUUCCAUCGGAUAUUUGUGAAAGUCCCAUCCCGUGGCGAGGAUCAUGCGUAAAAACAGCUCAUUUUGAAGAACGCGAGACAUCGCGCGAUAUUAGUGACCACUUAACGAUCAUGAUAUUGAACGAAUAUUAUUAUUUAAACGGAGACCAAUAAUCAAUUAAGUAGACGUCAUCGUAGAACACGGAGAACGAAGUAAUACUUGUGAUCACGAUCGCAUGUUUUCACAAAUGCCAAUGGAAGCAGCUGUUUUAUAAAUAUUUCAUAUAUUUUGUUAUACUGUUUCUAUGCUCCUCACCUUUAUCGUUCAAGCUAAAACAUACAUACAUACAUACAUACAUACAUACUUACAUAUAUACAUAAAUACAUGCAUACUUACAUACAUACAUAAAUACAUAUAUACAUAAAUACAUACAUACAUAUAUUGUAACGUUGUCUAAUCUAUUUCACAUAUUCUACUACUUUUUACACUCUUCGAACAAUUAUAAUGGAAACAUUUGUCAUUUCGAUACGAAUACGCAGAGAAUGUCUAUAAGCACAAAAUACAAUACAAUUAAAUUUUAACACGUACUCGAGUACGCUGGAGAAACGUUGCAAGGAGAUUCCCCGAACAUUAAUUCGUCACUGUGUCGAGUACAGAAAUUUUA